AUGUGCAAGUACUUUUGUAGCCAAAAAUGGAUAGUGUCUGAGAUUGAGAGAGAGCGAUCCGAGGACAUUGUUCGCAACAACGAUGGAGAUGGGUCCGAUAGAAGAGACGAUCAUCGGAAGAAGAAACAGAGAGAGCAUGGGUUCGGUGGGAGUUUCAGAAAAGCGAAGAGGGUUGCUCUGUUUCAAUUCAGAAAGGCCGAGAAACAACUCCACAGGAAGAACAAGAAGGGUUCAAAUCAAUCUUCUUCGAUUACUGGCUGUUUAGGGCUGCCAGUGACUCGGUGUCAUUUGACGAAGAGUUGGAAUAUAGAAAUGUUGGGAGAGGGACCAAAUAUCAAGAAAUGCAAUGCUAGUUAGAAUGCAACGCACCAGGGGUGGAAUGUGUUAAUGCCGUCUGUGAUAGAGUUUGUUUCUUGUCCUCUUUAUAGGCUUUGGCCCCCUUUCCUUUUAGGGGUACAAUCCAAUUUGAUAUUGGAGGGCACCGCGUGACAUGUAACUUGAGACACUGAUUUCUUUUCUUUUUUCCUUUGUGGAAGACUUCUUGUCAUCCAACUCUCUUGGAAUCGCUUUUUUCCUUUAUUAACGAUAGUCUCUUUUAUUGCCGUUCAAAAAACAAGAAUAUGUUGUAGGUGGGGUUUGAGUGCCACGAGAUCGCAAUGUAAUCAAGUUGUAAACUUUUUCCUAUAACUGAAGCAUUUCUCUGGUGGAUAAGAUUAUGGGAAAGACUACUAUUGAGAGAUUUGUGAUUAAUUUGAGUCAAGUAAAGUGCUCACAU